UGCAAACGAAGUCGACAACCCCUGCUUCGCGGUUUCAUGCUGAGAACACCGUCCUUGCUCCCAUUUAACGGCUAUUUUGCUCAACGAAAAUUUUGAAUUUUAAUUUGAAAUGUACAAAAUGUUAGCGUAACCGACGAUCCCUUUCAAAACUGAUCAAGAUUAUCCUCUUCAUUCCUAUUAUUCAUAAGCCAACCCCUUUCCAGUGAUUCCAUCACCCUCACUUCCAGACGUAUUCCCCAUUGGCUUCAUUGAGAUCAGUCGGAGCAUUGCUCAAACGCCAAAAAACUUGCGGCCGUUGAGGGAUUGAUUCAUUUCUUGAAUCUGUAAAGGACGCGGUUUUGCACAACUUUGCAAUAAUGAACGAUCUGAUGACGAAAUCAUUUCUAAGUUAUGUUGAACUGAAGAAACUAGCACGAAAGGACCUUGAAGCCGAUCUUGACAUCGAAGCAGGGCAAUUUAAUCCCAUUGAAGACCAAAACCUCUCUCAGUUCUUCGAAGAAGUUGAUGCCAUCAAGUCCGAAAUGGAAGAGAUCACCAAUCUCUUAUUCGAUCUUCAACACCUGAAUGAAGAUACAAAAUCAACCCACAGCACCAAAGUUCUUCGUGGGCUCAGAGACCGAAUGGAAUCAGACAUGGUCACCAUUCUUCGCAAAGCGAAUAUCGUCAAGUCAAGGCUAGAAUCGCUUGACCAAUCCAACAUAAAAAAUCGCAAAAUAUCAGAAUCCUAUAAAGAAGGAACCCUGGUCGAUAGAACAAGAAUAUCAAUUACAAAUGGCCUAAGAGUGAAGCUGAGAGACUUAAUGAAUGAAUUUCAAUCCCUGAGAAACAAGAUUCUAUCUGAUCACAAGGAGGAUUUGAAGAGAAGAUACUACACUGCAACAGGAGAGAUACCGAGUGAUGAAAUGGUGCAGAAGAUGGUUUCUGGGAGUGUCAAAGUGGAGUUUUUUAAAACAGAGGCUGAUAUGACGGCUGAGACUCAGGUUAGGCACCAGGCUGUGAUGGAUAUACAGAGAAGUUUGGAUAAACUUCAUCAGGUUUUUCUUGACAUGGCUAUUAUCGUGGAGACACAAGGCGAGAAAGUGGACAACAUUGAAGAUAAUGUAGCCAAUGCUAGGAGCUUCGUUCAUGGUGGAACUAAUAAUCUUUACUAUGCUAACCAGAUGAAGAAGAACCAAAAAUGGGCAUGGUGGGUUUGUGCCGUGGGACUGAUUAUACUUUUGGUGUGCUUAAUUGCACUACUAGCUUCUUGACCAUUGGAUCAAGAUCCCGGUAUGUUUUAGAAUUGUAAAAAGCUACUUGUUUUUUUAUGGUUUUUUGGUUCUUGCUUCAUUUUAUACAGAGAUCUGCUAAUUGAGAUACUUAUUUGUUUAUGAGAACCAAGUUUGCUUAAUG